AUGGCAAGCGAAUUCGCAUUUGACUGCUUAUCGAUCACUCAACAACAUAUUGACAAUUUAAAUGAAAUGUCCAAAACUUUACCUAUUUCACAUAUAAGUCUUAUUCAAGAAUUAUCAGCUGUGUUAGUUCCAUACACUGCUGGAAAAUUUCAAUUACUUUCUAAUCUUCUGAAAAAAAAAUUAAAUAUCGACAUUAAUGCUGAAAAAUUACAAUUUAUUAUAUCGCUUAUUAGAUCUGAUGUAUUACCAAGUUUUUCAACAGGUCUAAGUGCUAAGGAAUUAAUUGUCGAACAUUCACUUUUAAAUAAAUUACCAUUUUUCACGCCUUACCAACUUAUUCCAUUUACAGAUAUAUGUCCAAUUUGUAACAAGAAACUUGAUCGUAAUUUAGCUGCAGAACAACUUGUUGUCCAAACACCUGAGUUCAACUCAAUGAAUGUUGGCUGUCGAAAUUCUCCACAAUAUCGUGAUAUUUACUGUGAAGAACAUCAAGAUAUGGAAGAAGAAGUAGAAAGUAAUUCAUGUACAACAUUUUACUCUAGUGAAUCGUUCCAUGAACAAUAUAAUCAAUUAAGAAAUGGGAAAAAAAUGUACUAUGAUUCACUUUCAUGUAAAACAAGAAAAAGUAAACCAGGUGCUUACAUUUCGAAAACAUUUCGAACAUUAGGUGUAGUUACGUGGACUCUUAAUUGUAAUAUAAUUGUUUCUUCAACCGAACUUGUCAGAAGUGAAAGUAUAAAAGAGAUAAUUAAUGGUCUUUGCCAAUUAGUUCGAUUUAGCCAAACAGGUGUAGACGAAAAUAAUGCAGCUAUUUGCUUUGUUCCUCGUAAUAUUGUUUAUGAUGACGGUUGUCAUCUUUUAAAAGCAAUCAUUGAUCAUUAUGGAACAAAUAUUCAUCGAAAUCCUGCUACAACUUUCCUUUUUAACAAUUGCAAAUUUUCCAUUGAUCGUUUGCACUAUCCCAAUCAUAGAAGUGCAUGGUGCAAAGAGAAUUUAAAUCCUGAUCGUAAUCCAGAUCUUACUGGAAUCAAUACCGGUGCAUGUGAACAAACAUUUUCUUGGUUUAACAAGUUUGCUAAAUCUUUCUCAUGUAUGCGCUCUGAACGUUGUCAAUUAAUUAUUCAUCUGAUGUUUCAUUAUUGGAAUUGUCGUCAUGUUGGUCUUAAUCCUUAUCAUAAAGAUAUUGGACGUCGUUUACUUCCAGAAAAUACAACUGAAGAAAAAAAUGAUGAAGAAUUGUUCACACAAACAGGAACUCAAAAUACCUACUACAGUGAAUCUGAUGAUAGCGAUGCUCAUCAAGAACAAUUAUAUGAAUUAGAAGACGUUGAAGACGAUAGUGAUUCGAACUCUUCUACUCCAAUUUUGGCGUCACAAACAAUUAUACCAAAUCAAUCACCUUUAUAUUCAGAUGAUUCAAGAACAUCUACCAAUUCACAUUUACCUAGUGACAAUAUAUCCAAGCGUUUAUCAACAACUCAACAGGUUUUGUGGGAGAAGCUUCGAAAUAUUACAUGUAUUGAUGAAUUUGAAAAACAACUUCAAAGUGAAGACGAAGAAGACGACAAUAGUAUUGAUCGACGAUCUACGCGAAUCUUCAACGGACUCUUGUUUCAUUAA